CACCAUAUUUAGCUGGCUUGCCGAAGCCCUGCAGAGUUGAUCUGUCAAGCAGCCUGAAAAUCUUGACACUUAUCGGCGGAUACAGCGCGGCGUUGACAGCUUUUUUUGGCACCUGGAUACAAACUACAGAAGACGACGUCGUUGGAAUAUGGUGCUUGGGAAAGGGGGCCGUGUCAACAGCUGUUUUUAACGCGAUAAAAGUAGCCGUCGUCUGUCAGAAUUCCAACUAUCCAACAGCCUAGCUAGCCAGCUAGCUAAUUACAGUAGCUUCCCCCGAACGCUCGCUGUGCCGAAGAUACGAAUUUAUGUCGUCUCUUUUAAUGUUCAUAUAUCGGAAGGUAUUCAUUCGGACUCAAUGACCCCGCUGUGAUGAUAUCCUGACAGCUCCUCUCGUCCGUUCGAGGCACUUUCCUACGCCUGGCUAGCGAGCUAACUUAGCUAACUAGCAGGUUUUUACUGCCACAGCGUCUCGUUGAGCAACCAGUAGCUUUCGCCGUGGCAGUGAAAUCCGAUUGGAUACGUUGACCGUGUGCAAACGGCGGUUUGCGGGGACGUCGAAGACCCCUCGGCCGGCCAAACGACCGUACCGAAGGGUCCCCUCUGACAGUACGCAGGGAGGGGAGCUAGCACCACACCAGGACAGUCGGCCACUCAGCGCUGCAGAGGCGGUGCACUGCUGAAGGAGACACCGGAUUGAACGGAGGAAGAGUCCCAAACGUUUGACAACUGUGAUCCGGGAAGUGAACCGGGCAGGGACCUCAUGAAUGGAAAUCGGAACUACAGGAGCCGUUGGGGCCCAGUCCCUGUUCUCCAUGCCUCGGCGGCCUGGCUAUGGCACCAUGGGGAAGCCAAUCAAGCUGCUGGCCAACUGCUUCCAGGUGGAGAUCCCCAAGAUGGAUGUCUACCUCUACGAGGUGGACAUCAAGCCUGACAAGUGCCCACGGCGAGUCAACAGGGAGGUGGUUGACUCAAUGGUGCAGCACUUCAAGGUGACAAUCUUUGGGGAUCGCAGGCCAGUCUAUGAUGGGAAGAAAAGUCUGUACACAGCCAACCCACUGCCUGUGGCACCCACCGGGGUGGACCUGGAUGUCACACUACCUGGUGAGGGAGGGAAAGACCGACCUUUCAAAGUUUCCAUCAAGUUUGUGUCUCUGGUCAGCUGGCACAUGCUCCAUGAGGUGCUGACUGGACGCAGCAUGCCUGAGCCCCUUGAGCUGGACAAGCCCAUCAGCACCAACCCUGUACACGCAGUAGACGUUGUGCUGCGACACCUGCCCUCCAUGAAGUACACUCCAGUAGGUCGGUCCUUCUUCUCAGCUCCAGAGGGCUAUGACCAUCCUCUGGGAGGUGGGAGAGAGGUUUGGUUUGGCUUCCACCAGUCUGUGCGCCCUGCCAUGUGGAAGAUGAUGCUUAACAUCGAUGUGUCUGCCACCGCCUUCUACAAAGCCCAGCCAGUCAUCCAGUUCAUGUGUGAAGUACUGGAUAUCCACAACAUUGAUGAGCAGCCUCGUCCUCUCACAGACUCACACCGGGUCAAAUUCACCAAAGAAAUCAAAGGUUUGAAGGUGGAGGUGACGCACUGUGGAACCAUGCGGAGGAAGUACCGUGUCUGCAACGUGACCCGUCGGCCUGCCAGCCAUCAAACGUUCCCACUACAGUUGGAAAACGGUCAGACUGUAGAGCGUACUGUAGCCCAGUACUUCAGGGAGAAGUACAACCUGCAGCUCAAGUACCCACAUUUGCCCUGUCUACAGGUGGGCCAGGAGCAAAAGCACACCUAUCUGCCUCUGGAGGUGUGUAACAUUGUAGCUGGUCAACGGUGCAUUAAGAAGCUGACAGAUAAUCAGACCUCCACGAUGAUCAAAGCCACAGCUCGUUCUGCACCUGACAGACAGGAGGAGAUCAGCAGGCUGGUGCGCAGUGCCAACUAUGAGGCAGACCCUUUUGUGCAGGAAUUCCAGUUCAAAGUGCGCGACGAGAUGGCCCACGUGACGGGGCGAGUGCUACCCGCCCCCAUGCUGCAGUACGGCGGCAGGGUGAGCACAGAGCACUUUAUGAACCGCACUGUAGCCACACCCAGCCAUGGGGUGUGGGACAUGAGGGGAAAGCAGUUCCACACUGGGGUGGAGAUCAAGAUGUGGGCCAUUGCCUGCUUCGCCACACAGAGGCAGUGUCGGGAAGAAAUCCUCAAGGGUUUCACAGACCAGCUUCGUAAAAUCUCUAAGGAUGCUGGGAUGCCCAUCCAGGGCCAGCCAUGCUUCUGUAAAUACGCCCAGGGAGCAGACAGCGUGGAGCCCAUGUUCAGACACCUGAAGAACACCUACGCCGGACUUCAGCUCAUUAUCGUCAUCCUGCCGGGAAAGACUCCAGUCUACGCGGAGGUAAAGCGUGUGGGAGACACCCUCUUGGGAAUGGCAACUCAGUGUGUUCAGGUUAAGAAUGUGGUGAAAACAUCACCUCAGACCCUCUCCAACCUCUGCCUCAAGAUCAAUGUAAAGCUGGGAGGCAUCAACAACAUCCUGGUACCUCACCAACGACCAUCAGUAUUUCAGCAGCCAGUGAUCUUCUUGGGAGCAGAUGUUACACAUCCGCCAGCUGGAGAUGGGAAGAAGCCUUCAAUUGCAGCAGUGGUAGGGAGCAUGGACGCCCACCCCAGCAGGUAUUGUGCCACUGUGCGAGUCCAGAGGCCCAGGCAGGAGGUUAUCCAGGACCUGGCCUCUAUGGUGCGGGAAUUGCUCAUCCAGUUCUACAAGUCAACCCGCUACAAGCCCACCAGGAUAAUUUUCUACAGGGAUGGAGUUUCAGAAGGCCAGUUCAGACAGGUGCUGUAUUAUGAGCUGCUGGCCAUCCGUGAGGCCUGUAUCAGCCUGGAGAAGGAGUACCAGCCAGGCAUCACUUACAUUGUUGUGCAAAAACGCCACCAUACACGCCUCUUCUGUGCCGACCGCAACGAGAGAGUUGGACGUAGUGGAAACAUUCCUGCUGGUACUACCGUGGAUACGGACAUCACGCAUCCCUACGAGUUUGACUUUUACCUCUGCAGUCACGCUGGAAUACAGGGCACCAGUCGACCCUCCCACUACCAUGUACUGUGGGACGACAACUGUUUUACCGCCGAUGAAUUCCAGCUGCUCACCUACCAGUUGUGCCACACCUAUGUGCGCUGUACCCGCUCAGUCUCCAUCCCUGCGCCAGCCUACUAUGCCCACCUGGUGGCCUUCCGUGCACGCUACCAUCUGGUGGACAAAGAACAUGACAGCGCUGAGGGCAGCCAUGUGUCUGGUCAGAGUAACGGUCGGGACCCCCAGGCGCUGGCCAAAGCUGUUCAGAUUCACCAUGACACUCUGAGGACCAUGUACUUCGCCUGAGCUCCACCUACCCUCCCCGACCAUUGCCACCCUUAACACACACAUUAAAAACACACAGACACAACCAUGCACGCCUGGCUUGCCAGUCAAGGAGUCCUCGUAGGUGCAAGUCCCACCCUACCCCCCAACAUGCCUAGUCAAUCCGGACCUGACACUGUGCAGAGGAAAGCAGGGAGGAGGGAGGGGAGGAGGCACCCCCACACUGGACAGAGGAUGCAAACGCUGCUUUAAAAACAAACAAAACAGAAACUCAGCACUAUUAUGCAAUAUUAAACCAGCCAACUAGUUUAUUUUCACCCUUAUCAGGCCCCCUUUCCAUUGCCCCUCCUAUCUGUUCUUCCCUGUUUGUCUUCUUUACUUGUGACCUAGUGGAUGUUUUGUUUUUGCUUGUUUCUUUUUACGUUUCCUUUGCCACAGUCUUUCCUAAUAGUCUAUUAAUCUGCUCCUUUGCCAUCUCCAGUACCUCAAGUAAGUUUGAGCAGCAGCACUUUUACAUUCUGUCAGUUUUACUGUAGUUUGUCGUUGAUUGGCCCCAAUUAAACCCUAACACUCUGGCGUUAUCUAGAGGUGUUGGGUUUAUUUUGGAUUAUAGUUUCAUGGACCAGAGCGUCCUCCCAGUUGCCACUUUUAUUUUCCCUCUUGUUUCCACUCUUGUUCUGUCACUUUUCCCUGGUGUGUGAUAUCAACAGUUACUUGUAUGGAGCUACAUGUUCUUUUUGAACACACUGCCACCUGUUGGCGACGAGGUAUAAAUGCCCCCUAAAAGUCACAACAUGUAGUUGCUGUCAUGUAAGACUUCAGAUCAGUUUUGAUUUAUUUCUAACGGUUAGCUGUCACAUUUGAACAGGGGCAGUUUAUAUUGGCUGAUAUAUCAAUUGCUGAAUUGCAGCCAUCUAAGGAUUUUAUUUAAAGUAUAACACUGUUGUUUGAUUCUGGUUGUUACAUCUCUUGUGUAUUAUGUCAAACAUUUUACGAUUCUAACUUUUAAAAAUUACUUAAUCAUAUAAGCUUUUGUUUUUAACCUUAGUAAUCGUCAUGCAUUCAUUUCUCUCAGUGCUUUAUUUUGCAUUUCCCUCUUGAGCUUGAGAUGGUGGGUAAAUAGAGAUUAUGUUGAUGGUUUCCUCUAGUGCAAUAAUCCAUUGAACGAAGGGAAGUGAAUUUUAGGGGACUUAGACGACUCGAAAGUACAGUUACAUAUUUCAUUUGGAAGCACGUGUCCUCGAAAGGAGUAACGUUUGCAAGACCCUUUCAUGUAUUGCUCCUCUGUGAGUCGAUUGAUCAGCAUGUUUUAUGAGUUUGCCCUUGCUGUUGGGCAAAAAUGGUGCAACCGCAGUUUUGGUGAUUUUCUUGUUUUUACUUGAACUGAAGGAUUUUAUGCGCCUCUGUGGUUUGAGAAUACUUUUUGAUCAGUGGGCAUGAUUUCAGAAUUCCUGAUCAUCAGUUUGCUUCAAAGGCUGAUUUUCUUAAUUCUUAAGAAUAACAAAGCUUUUCACCUGACAGCAGCAAAGUGGAGUAUAAAGGCCAUAAAGAGGUAGUAUUCAAGUGCCUGGUGGAAGUUAAGUAUAUAAUGGUCAAAAGCUGCAUGACUUAUUAUAGGGAUCCUAUUUCAGUGGGGUAAAAUGAUCAAAAAGCAUAUUCCAACGAAUGGACAGCAUAAGAUAGUUUGAAGCGAGAAAGUUUCACCCGAUGCCUCUUAUUCUUCUCAACAACCGUCUACUGACUUUUCUAUACAUCUCAUUCAAAUCAACCUAAGAUCAAUAUAUUUAUUGUAUUUGCCUAUACAGCAGUGUUAGCUGUUGGCUUUGCUUCGGAGCAGCAUUCAAGCAAAGCAGGCCGAAGUUGUCUUUUUGCUUAAUAUUCACCAGACGUGGAUCCAGCUGCUACAGUGUGUUUGUAACUAAUGGGCCAGAUUCAUGGGCACGGAGUUAGACUUGUCAUGAACUAAUUCUUUCAAUAACAUUUUUUUCUUUCAAUCGAAAUCCGAGACCAAGUGUAGUUCCUGCCCAUGUAACUGGCCCAAAGUUGGGACUGGCUUCAGAACAAAGUCGAGGAGUCAAGUGGAUGACCAACAUUUGCUACAGAUGUACAGCCGACUGUUGAUGUGAAUUGCGUUUCUGGAUUACGGUUGUCAUGUAGCUCCUCUCAUCCGCUGAAGGCCUGAAGCUUGUUCGGGGGGUGUUUUUAAAAGUUAUCUGCACUAAAAGAAGCAUGUGUUUCGGGACUGAACACAAGCGUGGUGCUACUCUGUCUGAAACAGAAUUUGAAGCUGAACCUCUAUAUGAGACUGUGUAUGAGCAGAUGGGUAUGGUAGGAAAAAAAAAACAAAAAACGGUUAACCUCACUCUGAAGGACAGGAGAGGGAUCCACUGCUAUGGUUGGUGAAGGGAGGUAUAGGUUUAUGAUUUCAUGUGGGUUAGAUCAGCAUUGAGAACUUGUAAAUGGUACAAUGGCAGACGAGGUAUAACGUAGGGUCCUGCUUCCGCUGUUGCAUUUGACUGCCUUUCACAGGCUAGCCUUCCAGCGUGGAAGCCAGUGGGUUUGAGCCUUCAUGAUUUCACUAGUAUCUGAAAGCCUUUUUUAAAAAGCCAGAUCGAAAGUAUAUUUGUACAUUUUAAAUUAUGUAAUGCACACCACUUAUUUUUGCUAACAGAAAAAAAAUGUAGUCUAAUUAUUAAUCUUAGUAAUAAAUGUAUCAUGAUAAGUAAUGGUUAAAAAGGUAUAACAAAGUUUUAUUAUUGCAAUAGACUGUUGACUUGUUCCUGUGUCACUGUAUAACGUAUAGUGUAUGUGUGAACAGUGGUGGGAUUGUUCAAACUAGUGAUGUGUGUUUGGACUGUCAUACUGUUAUUGAUAGGGAUGUGGACUCAAACCACCUCUCGCUUUGAUGUUUGGAAAAAAAAACUUGCAAGAUGCUGAAUGCUUAUUUCUCUCCUUUAUUUGUAGAUGUUCAUACAAUUGGAUGUUUGUCUUUGAGGAGAAAAAAAGAUUAACAUAGUGUACUCUGAAAGCCUGUGUAUUAAAGCAUUACAACCCCAUUGUGACAACGGUAGAGUAGAAGAAGAGUUGGUUGAUAUAUUGAGCUUCUGCUCUUGAAUGUUCUCGGGUUUCCUGCAGCUGGUGCUGAUGCCUGCUCCUUAUCGAGAGGGAGAGUGAGAAGAAACGGGCAAGUGGUUUUGAAAGUCUUGGUGAUUCAUUUCAAAGUCAUGUGUGAUCAAAGAAUAACAUAACAAGGGGUAGUAGUUCUCCAUUCCUUUGUGUUAAAGCCUUGGGGGAUUUACGUCGGAUUGCAGCCUCUGUUGCUUUCCUCAGACCGGGUCUCCUUAUUCGAGCCACUUUGUGUGCACACAAAUACAAAGAGUUGGCCUCUGAGUAAAUCUGUGGUGUGACAAAGCCUGUAAUCUUAUUUUUGCUCUUUUUUUCCCCCCUCUUUGCUCCCAAACAUUUACUCCCCUGUGCCAGAGGACUACAUUCCAUGGCAGUACAAUCUCACCCAAUCCCCCUGGGAGGUUUAAGAAAGGUUAGAGCUGAAGGAUUAAAUAAUAGGAUAUAGUGUGAUUCAUUCAAGUUUGUGUGUGUGUUUUGGAAGGAAUCAAAGCUGUUGAAUGAAAGCAUUAUGUGGCAGGUUAUGUUGAAAGUUGAACAUGUUUGACGGGGAUAGGGAGGAUGAUUGACUCACUAUAUCUCUGCUGUGUGUAAUCGAUGUACAAGUUGUGUAUAAACUCCACCCCUGAGGGCAGUAGAACACAUGUUUACAUAGCAGAUGUGUUUGCCUCGCUUGCAUUUGAAAUGUCAUCAGCUCUGCUUUGCAAAUAUUAGCUUGUAGAGAAGUAACCCAACAUGAGCAAGACCAUUUUGGGCCUGUGGAAGUGAACACUCGAUGGGAUACCAAGACAAUAUUUAUUCGUCCAAUUAUUCCUCAACAGACAUUUGUGUUACAUAGCAGGGGAAAACUCUUGUCUGCACUCCCCAUUUCAUUUCAAAUUUUAGAUUUGUUUGACAUAUAAAGGUACGCAGAGCUCGCAGCUUGCAGAUAGCAGUGUCCUUCAGCUGAUGAAAAAACAUCUUACCUAAAAUCUGAAAACUGCCUUGUGAAGAAUUAAUUAACCCCUAAAGGUCAGUGUCUCCAUUUUUCAAUGGAAGUAAAGGUGUAAUUCCAUUUUUAGCAAUCGAUCAACGUCCCUGAUUUUGGUUGGUCUCUGUUUGCAGUGGAAAGUAGCAAUGGCGUGAGAAGAAAAGUCCACAGAAAGAAAGUGCCUUUCCUCUUGAUGGUGCUGUAAAUUGAAAGAUAAAAUGUAAAAUCAAAGAAAUAGAAUCUCCUUUUCAAAAAACACAUUGCAAUGCAGGAAUAGCUGCAUUUUACAAACACACACACACACACUCACUGUACAUGUUUGUUUUUUAAAGAUGGCAAUGCAUACUCGUGAUUCAUGUAUUUAGACAUUAAGCCUACAUAGAGAUAGAACAUUAUGCCAAGUAUAUGGUUGUGGUUGAGCGCUUGCUUCCUAGUGCAUUUAGUGUCUUGGACCAAUGGUGUUGUUGGUACAGUGGAAUGUGCAUUUGGGUGGGUUGGCGGGGGGUCGGGGAUGGGGUGGUUGGGGUCAUAGCUGACACUAGCGUGGUGUGACACAGCCCAGCCCACGAAUGACAAACAUAGCACAGCACUUUAGAGACUGCCACUCUCACUCAGACACAUAGCCAAGAGGUUUCAAUCUCUGUCCCUCCAGUCCUCUUUGUCCUCUUGUCUGGGAGGAGGAGAGGAUCCAAAGCCUCAGCAUAAACGAGGAAUCGAAGGGAUGUGUGUUACCAAACAAAGCAGUCCGACGUUAAAAGUGUGCCUCAUGCUCUCGUGACUUUGUUGUUGGCUCGGUUGAGUCAGUCUGCUCUCGGGUGGCGGUAUUCUCCCUGGAACUGCCACUCGACACUUUGUUACAGCUAGGGCUGGGUGUCAAAACACCAUUCAUCUCCCAGAUUUUUUUUUGGGCAUCAAAACGGCGCCGCAUGUUUUUGAAGAAAAGGCAGCCCAGAACUUUUUACAUCAGUAGAUUUUUGCACUGAGGAAUACGUUUUCUUCUUGAAUGGCAUUUAGUUUUUUUCACUAAGGAAGGCAAAAGAAAAAGCCUGAAUGGCGGAAAAUACUGUAAUCUGUCGCGUAGUGAAGUGCGCUUUCAUCCAGGUGUCAUUUUACAGCAGGUACAGAAAUGAAACUCACAGCCAGUGUCAGUAUUCAGACUUUUCUCAUGAUGCCCAGCCCUAGUAGCAGCUCAUGGCAUUCUUUGAUCCUAGUGCAAUGCCCUGCCAUGUGUCUUGUCCCUGAUGCAGGGAAUGUGUGCCCAGCAGUAUCCUUGUUUAGAGCCGGUAGGGUGUCGACUGAGAACCGAGGAUGGUCUGUAGUUCUGUGGGUACCUUUUCAGUCCAGGGGGUGAAAUCUUUCUAUUACAAGAAAUCUCAAAAAACACUGCACCUCACUUACCUUGGUAUGCUGCAUAUGUUAUACUACAUGAAAGAAAACUGCAGAUUGCUUUUAUUAUGACAUAUAAUGCUUGAGUAAUGCCUGAUUGCGAUAUUCUUAUACAGUAACUAUUUUAGAGUCAAAAUAAGUAUAACUGUAAAAAAUAUUCUGUUUUGUCUUAACACUUAUCCGACUUUGAAAAAUUGUUCUUGAGCCGACUUUUAUUUUGUUGUCCUAUUUAAAUGUGUUGUUCUUUAAAUAUAUAUAUGAAAUAUAUAUAUGCGGAAUAUUUUAUGGUGUAUUUAUUGAGAGUGCGUUUAAAGCGGCUGGAGUCUCCGCAUCAUUUUUGCAGCAUGGUGGGGGCGGAGCCAGGAGGAAGAGGCCUUUUUAGCCCCUCCCCCUCCAUGUUGACGCCUUAUUCUCCUAGACACGCAAGCACAACAAUAUGGAGGGGGAUGCGAGGUGGAGGAAAGAGGGGAGGCGGACUUGACUUGUCGCAGAGCGCAGUGUGUCAGGCGCUGGUAAACAUUUACAGGUCGACUCUCCCUCCCCCUUUCCUUGAUAUUCUUUAGCCUCCACUCUUCUUUUAAAACCUGAGAAGGCCAAACGCCAACCCCAACAUGUUGCAGCUCAUCUCUUGACGAAGGGAACCAUUUCUGAACCACACUGACUUGAUUGUCGAAUAGCUGACUUUUCAUCCCAAGCUGCUAAUUGGUACGUUAGCCAUGUAAAUUCCCCGAGCCAGUAAAGGGCAAGUGGAAGAGUGUAAAAUAUAACAUUUUUGAAAUUAAAAAAAAAAAAAACACGGCAGGGGAAAGAAGAAAAGAUGUUGGAAAGGCAAAAUUCUUUGGAUUAUGGUGAAAAAUUUUAGUGUGUAGGCGUUGCUUCCUUCUUCUAAUUGUCUCCUGUCAAGUUUUUUUUUUCUUGUGCCAGAGUAUUUUACAGCAGGAACAGGUCUCAUUCCAUAAGAAAAGACAUGCCUCAGCCUUAAGUGCGUUCUUAAAUAGUUGUCAGAAAUCUAUGUGACUUUGCAAUGCCUGUGUUUGGCGGCCUACCAAGAAAACUAGCCUACGUACUUGAUCUGCCUGAUUCCCCAACCGGCAUCCUCAUCUCUUCUCACUUCCCAUGUAAACCACUAACAGAACUUAGUGAACUCUGAUGUACGAAACGAAGUGUAAGUUUUUGAAAAUUGCUCCAUCUCAUUUGUACUGAUGUCAGAACAGAAACCAGGUCAGGGUCAAAUGGUAUUUGGAAAGAAUUCUUGUCAUCUUAGAAAUUCUGAAUAUACUACAUAUGCUAAUUUGACUUUUACACACUUGCCUGUGUUUUGUGUAAAUUGGUUGUCAUCGUAUUGUCAUUGAUGGCGUAUCCAAAGAACAGUAUUUUCAGAUACUUUUUGACCUGGGCCUGAUGAGAACCAGGAGGUUCCCCAGCAUGCUGGAUUUCAGAGACCUGUGCCUGUAUAAUGAACCAAGGAUGAACUGUGUUGUGAUGAAUUAUUGUUUUUUUUUUUCUUCUUUUUUUAAAGUUUCUGUUGGUUGUCCCUCACCCCAUCAGAGGAUCAGAGACAUGGACCUUUUGAGUGUUGUCAAUCCUGUUCCAAAGCUAGUAGGCCCUCUGUCCUUUAAACCGAAUCAUUUCUUGGUUUAAUACAUGUUUACCGUAAUGUUUACUCCCACAGCUAUCAGAUGUUUAGCCUGUUUUCAUGCCAUUUGCAUUCCAAACAACCUCAAACCAAAUAUUGCAGAAGAGAUUAGGCUCCCUAUGCCGGUUCAUGUAUACACAUAAUGGUUUUGAAGACAGAUAUUUGACAGCGGCCAAGGAUUUGAAAACACUUCAUUGUACUCUGAUUGUUCAAAUAAUCGUAUUGUCAAUGUAGCAUCACUCCUGUGUCAGUCUUAUUUCAAUCUGAAGAUCUUGGACUCUGAUACCUCUGAGUGAGGCACCAGCAAACAGAUGUAUACAUUGAACAGCAAACCUUCACCACCAGAUGAUCCAUGUCUCAGUCUCUGUGUUUUGCAAAGGCUCUGUUGUACCAACAGCUCUAUUCCUUUCAGUUUUAAAUGUCCUUCUUUUGUAACUCUCUCUUAUAGGUUGUUGGCCAUUUAGUGUUGCUUUGCUUCAGUUUGAAGUGCAUCUUUGACUAAUACUUGCAAUAAAAUGCUUUGCUUUA